ACUGCGCGUGCCGUUUAGUUACAGUUAUUGCGCCUCGCUACUUCCAUAUUGACUAGAAAACGCUACAUCACACAACAGCUCACCGAUUAUUAUCAAGUAUUGCCUGAUAGAACAGCAACCGGGCGAAGUUAUGUUAGUAUUUCUUCGCUGCUAAAUGAGAAUCACUCACUCAGAACCACAGCUGGUAUCAGCGAGUUCGGACGCGCCGACGAAACACGUUACAUCGUAGGCGUGAAGAAUUGUGCAGAAACAUUUACAUUUGAUCAAUAGUUAUUUAUCUUAAAUAUCUACCUCGAAAAGCUUUACUAAGAAUUGCUGGAAUUUGUGUAAAAUAAUUCAGUAACGGUGUUGUGAAAUAAAACAUUUAACAACUGAUAAGUUUGGCUUGUUAUACAAUAUUUACGAAUGAUACAAAGUACAAAAAGGCUGUUUACUAAAAUCAAUAUAGGUAUAUGUACCAUGUGCCUAAAAGUGAAACGAGAACAAGACACCAAAUGAUCAUAGCGUGAACUUCGCUUACUUAACUGUGAAGGAUUUGACACGACAACAGCAAACCACAAAAAGUCCUACACUGGCAAUAAAAGUGCGCACACUUAGUUCGACAUUUGUAAAAUAUAUGUAUAUAUAGUAUAUCUGUAUGUAUGUUAUACAUAAUAAACAGCUGUCGUUACAUUUAUCUGUACGGCCUUGAUGUUUUUAUCGCAUUUAAUUAAAAUGCCCAAUAAUGUACACUCAAAUAUAUCACACUCUGCAGAUCGAGCUAUGAAUUCCACCAUUUCUGUACAAAAAAUAAUAAAAAACACCCUAUAGGAAUUCCAAUACCUAAAUAUUUUAUAAAAAUUUGUUAGUUUUUUGAUAUGGUGUUGUGAUUUUUUAAUUAAGACAGCAAUGACAAAAGCAUUUUGUCUUUAAAUCUUUGUACGUAGAACAGAGUUAAAAAAAAAAACAAUUAUAUGUUGAAGUAACACAGUCAUAUUACUGUUUUGCUUUGAAUUUGUAUCGAAAGGUCUGCUAUAUGCAAUUUUGUCCAGAAUAUCUGAAUACAUUUAUUUUUAAAGGCAUUUUCCGUAACCGGAUUCUGCGAGAAAACACUAUAUCAAAAUUGCAGAAGCUCUGAAAACUUUACAUUAAAAACAUACUUUGUAGCCUGAUUCUUUGAGUAAACUUUUGCUUUUUUAUUCCAAAUUAGUUUUCAUAAUUAAAUGUAAUUAAUUUCCCGAGUGCUUUUCGCAAUAGUGUCCGCAUUUACUUGGGUAAUUUUGCGCUACAGGAACUAUAUUUUAGUAGCGUAUAUACAUAUUUAUAUAUAUUUAUAAUUACUAAACAUUACAAUUUAUAGAUAAAUAGUUUACAAUAACAUAUAGUGUAUUCCACUGUAGAGUGACACUUGAAAUUGAAUUGUUAUCAGAUGCAACCGGUUUUGAUUGCAUUUCAAGUGUCAACCUUAUGUCUGAAGUGCCAACAGGGUUGUUUACGAUUUAAACAAUUACAAUUUGAAGAUAUUUUACAUGUAACACAUAUACAUAUACCUAUAACAUAUUUAGGUAUAUAUCGUUCGCAAAUUUUUCGGAACACCAUCAAAAACUCUUUCCUUACGUUUGACUCUGAUUGCGUUCUUAAAGUCAAGUUUUCACUAUCUGCAAUAUUAUAGGUAUCGGCAUUUUCUUCACCUCAAGCACUUGUUUAUGUCGCAAAUUGUAUCAGUGAAUUUGAUAUUAUUUUUCAAUUCUACAUUCAUAAUUGUUUGUUGAUAUAUGAAUUUUAUAGGAUGUACUUAUGUAUGAUUUUUGUAAUUUUGCUACGUUAAAUUGAUUCAAUUAAGAAUAAACAUCUAUUGCCAUCGAUUUAACUUUUCUUUGUUGCGCACGCUCAAGCCAACUGAGGAAAGACUAUAAUAAUCACAUAUAAUUUAUUGAAGUAAAAAUAUUGAUAGUAUUAGUAGUAUUGUAAGCAGAACACAACUUAGAAAAUGAAUCCCGAAUUAUCGAAGAUAGAUGGCAGUACUCUUGUGCUCUCACCACUCAAAAAAAAACCGAUAAAACCACUGGGCGAACGCAAGAAAGCGGUGCGACGGCAGCAACUGAUGGUGUUGCUUGGUAAUACCUGUGUGGUGGCGGCGGGCAUGUCGGUCGCAUUGCCUUCCGGUUCAUUGAGUCAGCUAACAAGUAAAGAUGACAUUUAUCAACUGACCACCGAGGAAAGUAGUUGGUUUGCAUCCAUCAAUAGUUUGGCUUGUCCGCUUGGCGGUUUGAUUGUUGGUUAUCUGAUGGAUCGGUUAGGGCGCAAGAACACAAUGCUGCUUACCAAUGUAGUUGGUAUAAUCGGUUCGGCCUUGUUAGCAACGGCAACCUACCAAACAUCCAGAGAUGCCCUCUUCCUCCAAAUGUUGAUUGGUCGUUUUGUGUCAGGUCUUAUGAUGGGCGCAGCGCUGUCGCCCAUUGGCUCUUACUCGGCGGAAAUCAGUUUGCCGCGCAUGCGUGGCCGUCUGAUUUUGGGCACGUCCAUUGCCAUAUCUACGGGCAUAUUGCUGAUGUAUGUACUGGGUUUUCUUAUACGCAACCAAUUUCAAUUGAUCUGCCUCAUCUCAGCGAUUUAUCAAUGCAUUGCUUUUUGCUGUGUUUUACCAAUGCCGGAAUCUCCCAGCUGGUUGAUGCAGAAGGGACUUACGGAGAAGGCGCGCAAAUCGCUAAAGUAUUUCCGUGGUCUCUCCGAGAAUGACAAAACCACCUACGACGAGUUCGAGAAGGAAUUGGCAAUAAUUAAAAAGAAUUCUGACCAGAGCCGAGAAGCUACCGAGAGCGAAUCACUCGUGCAGGCCAUACGUUCGCCUGAAGUAUAUAAACCACUCAUCAUGAUGAUGGGUUUCUUCUUCUUCCAACAAUUCUCGGGCAUUGACAUUGUAAUUGUAUUCGCCGCACAAAUCGCAACCAGCGCCGGUGUCGCCGCAGAUCCUAUGCUCGUGGCCAUCUUCGUCGGUAUAGCACGCAUCAUCACUACCUUCUUCAUGGGUACGAUUUUCGAGCGUUGGGGUCGUCGGCCGGCAGGUGUUCUUUCGGCGACUGGUAUGACAGUCUGCAUGUUGCUGCUGGCGGCUAACGGCUGGUGGCCCGUUAUCGGCGAAUACUUGCCACUGCUGCCAAUUAUUUGUAUUGUGCUACAUAUCAUAUUCUCCACAUUGGGACUGCAGACGCUGCCAUUCUUCAUGAUCUCCGAAGUGUUUCCACAGCGUGUGCGAGGCAGCGCUAACGGUUUCACAUUGUUUGUUGGACUCACAUUUUCGUUCGCCGUUGUGAAAUUGUAUCCCAGCGUGGAAGCGCUGAUAGGUACACCUAAUAGCUUUGCCGGCUUCGGUCUCAUCUCACUACUCGGACUUGUGUUCAUCAUUUUCGUGGUGCCUGAGACGAAGGGCCGUACACUAUUGGAAAUUGAGAACUAUUUCCGCACCGGACGACGUGUAACGAAUGCGCAAGUGGCACGUCGCCAGUCGCAGAUCGCAAUGGAGGUUGCUGCGGGGGCCUAUAGCUCCCAGUAUGAGCUGGAUGAGGUCAUCAUGCGUCUGAGUAAACUGCACGAAGAUUGUGAAGCAACUGAAGCUGAUGACUUAGCUUAAAAUAUUUUAGAUAUAUUUGUAUGUAAUGCAUUGUAGGUACAAAUUUAUGAUUUUUCGGGUCUAGAGAAUAAGUGUACUUAAAGUUAAUAUUAAAUAAAUUAUUCAACUGUGAUGCUUGCUCGAGCUUGCAACUAGACUUUGUAUGACAAAAAACACAAGUUUCCUGAGAAGUUAAUAAAACAACAAUUUAAAAGUA